CGCGCGUGCGACCGACGGCCCGCCGCCAGCGCCGUCGGGCCCGUCGGCACUCGACGGCAGACCAGCUGUGCGGCGCGGGCGGGGACCAAGUGUGGUGAGACGGUGGUGUGUGACAGCUUCUUCGCGUGAGAAGUCGAGCAGGAGGAACUGUUAUCAACACAUGCGGUGCUGCGCUAACUGCAAAAAAAGAGAAACACGGAGAAGCAGAACCGCUACCAUCCAACGGUCUGUUCGGUCAAGGCCCGCCUGUCACCAUGAACUGACGUUGGUCCGGCCACACCAUGUCCUCUGAGGCACCGGAGAGCCAGCCGACGGACCUGAAGGGCUGCCCUGCGGACCUAGCAGAGAUGCGGGAGCCGGUAUCGGACCAGACCCCUCCGCCGGACCACCAGCAGCAGGCGGCCGCGCUCUCUGACGAGGCGGUGACGGCGUUCCUCACGGAGCGUCCCCAGUUCGUGCAGCAGUGGCUGCGACAGCGCGGCGGCAGCGCGCUGGGCACCGUCGCGCCGCCGGUGGUGCUGCGCAGUCGGAACUCAAUCACGGACGACCUGUUCCGUGACCUGCUGGAGCAGCGGCGCGGCUCCCCGACACCCGUCACCAGCUCUGUGACACCCAGCUCGGCGGCGCUCGACGAGAACGAGCUCAUGAUUGAGCUCAUCAGGGAUAUCGCCAACGAGUUCGACAUCCACCUGCUCUGUCGGAAGAUCAUGAAGAACGUGGGGGUGCUGACGCACGCCGACCGCGGCAGCCUGUUCCUGGCCAAGGGCUCGCGAGGGCAUCGCUACCUGGUGGCCAACGUCUUCGAUGUCAUGGGUGACGAGGAGGGCGCAGGAAAUAUGCAGUUGAAGGCAGCCGGAGAGAUCCGAAUUCCGUUCGGACUGGGCAUUGCCGGCUACGUGGCGCAAACAAAGGAGAUCGUCAACCUGGCUGAUGCUUAUCUGGACCCGCACUUCAGCCCCGAGGUGGACGAGAUGACCGGCUACAAGACGGGCUCGCUGCUCUGUAUGCCCAUCUGCAACCAUGCUGACGAGGUGAUCGGGGUGGCGCAAAUCAUCAACAAGCAAGGAGCCGAGUGCUCGGCCUUCACCGAGGCCGACGUGCAGAUAUUCCAGAAAUACUUGGUGUUUUGUGGAAUAGGACUUCAGAACGCCCAACUUUUCGACCUGUCUAUAUCAGAAUUUAAGAAGAACCAGAUUCUUCUAAAUCUAGCGCGAGGGAUUUUCGUAGAGCAAUACAGUCUGGAGAACCUGGUGAAGAAGAUAAUGCGUGAAGCCACGGACCUGCUACACUGCGAGCAGGCGGUUGUUUUCCUGCGGGACGACCACCACGACUCGACGGCGACGGGCUCGGAGUUUGGCCUGCCGCCGGUGCGCUCCUCGGACCAGCUGUCCAGCUCUCUGCCCGUGACCCGCACCACCUCACGGGAGAGCGGCACCACGGAACAGGCGGCCACAUUCGUCCAGUGUUUCAGCCUCACCACAGACUCCGGGGGUGAACAGAACGUUCGCUCGCUGCCUGAAGUCGAAUUCCGGCAGCUGCCUCUACAUGAUGUGGCGCUCCGUGUGCUCGAGACUGGAGAGACCAUGGCCACCUCGGACGGUGAUGAGGACGGCGAGACGGUGGGCAUUCGGUGGCACCACGACGACAGGAGCUCCAAGAUGCGCUCCGUGCUCACCAUCCCGAUCCACAACCAGAGUCACACCAUCAUCGGAGUGGCACACUUCAUCAACAAGGAAAACGGCUACUGUUUCACGGACCAGGACAUCCGAGCGGUGGAGACGUUCGGCGUGUUCUGUGGCCUCGGCAUCCACAACAGCCAGAUGUACGAGAACGCCUGUCGACUGAUGGCCAAACAGCGCGUGGCGCUCGAGUGUCUGUCUUACCACGCCACGGCCAGCGCCGAGAGCACGGCAGAGCUGGUCAGUCGACACGUGCCCUCCGCGCUGCAGCUCAACCUGUACAGUCAUCAGUUUGAUGACAUGGAGCUGGACAACAAGGACACGUGUACGGCAGCCAUCAGGAUGUUCAAGGACAUGAACAUGAUCAAGAAGUUCAGAAUUCCUUACGAAGUGCUUUGCCGCUGGAUUCUCAGCGUACAGAAAAACUACCGUCCAGUCAAGUAUCACAACUGGAGACACGCUCUGAACGUUACACAGACCAUGUUUGCACUGCUCAGAACGGGCAAAAUGGCCGGCUUCAUAUCAGAUCAAGAGGUGCUGGGUCUGAUGGUGGCCUGUCUGUCGCACGACCUGGACCACCGCGGCACCAACAACGCCUUCCAGUCCAAGACAGACAGCCCGCUGGCCAUGCUCUACUCGACCAGCACCAUGGAGCACCACCACUUUGACCAGUGCGUCAUGAUUCUCAACAGCGAGGGCAACAACAUCUUCCAGGUGCUGAAGCCCGAGGAUUACCGACAAGUGAUGGACACGGUGCAGCAGGCCAUCCUGUCCACGGACUUAGAGCAAUACUUCAAAACAAAGCCCCAGUUUCUGCAGGUCGUCAGAAACGGACAACCCGACUGGCACGAGCCACACAACAAGAAGC